UUACAUAAGCAGUUAGCGGCGCAAACAUUAGCAUCGAGAGAACCGCUGCAGAGGAGACUUUUCAAGGAAAAUAUCGGGUUUUUGCCUGAAUAACAUGGCUCUACGGGCGGCAGACAGACUGAAAGUCGUCCUGAACCACUUGGACCGCUCCGAUGUUAGUUUGCGAACAUCCUUUAUAUCUGCACAAAAUCUGUCACAUCAUCAUCCUGAAGCAUUUCAGUACACCUUUGAUACAGGUGUGCUGUCUCCAGAGCAAAGACUUGCUUAUAAAGAAGAUGGCUUCAUUUUGAUAAAAAAACUGGUUUCUGAAGAGGACGUCAAUAGAUUUAGGAACGAGUUUGAGCGCAUUUGUACAAGAGAUGUGAAGAUUCCAGGCUUAAUAGUGAUGAAAGAUGUGACCAUCGCCAAAUCUGAGUUUGUGCAGGGGGAGAAGGCUGUGUCUAAACUCCAGGACUUCCAAGAGGAUGAAGAGCUGUUCCGCUAUUGCACUUUGCCUCAGAUUCUAAAAUAUGUUGAGUGUUUCACGGGCCCCAACAUCAUGGCUAUGCACACAAUGCUCAUCAACAAACCCCCUGAUACAGGAAAGAAGACCUCUCGCCACCCCAUGCACCAGGACCUGCAUUACUUCCCAUUUCGGCCAGCUGAUCGCAUCGUGUGUGCCUGGACGGCAAUGGAGAAAGUAACCCGCCAGAAUGGUUGCCUAGUAGUGCUGCCUGGCACCCACAAAGGGCCCCUGUUAGAGCAUGACUACCCAGAGUGGGAGGGUGGGGUGAACAAAAUGUACCAUGGCAUUAAAAACUACAACCCCAACCAUCCCAGAUUGCAUGUGGAAAUGGAAAAAGGAGACACUGUUUUUUUUCAUCCUUUGCUCAUUCACGGUUCAGGAAUGAACCAAACACAAGGUUUUCGAAAGGCCAUUUCCUGUCACUAUGCAGGUGCUGAUUGUCACUACAUCGCUGUCAAAGGAACAACCCAGGAGAACAUCAGUAAGGAAGUGGAAGAGCUUGCUCGCAGAAGAAUUGGGAGUGAUACAACUGUUUCCUUUCAGGACACCUGGGCACUUAGAGGACGUCUGGUCCAAGGAGAAAGGACCUUACUGUGAUCCUUAUUUUGUCCUCCAGUGUCUGUGCAUCACAACAUAAACAUACAUGCAGAGGACUAAAAGACAAGUCUAAACUGUGUAGUAAUGUCUGGGAGACUAUGAUUUAAACUGUUUAAUACUGUGAUAAUCAUUUAGUAAAUGGGUACAAGUUCAUAAUGUUCAGCAUUUGAAUCCAUGUUCUAACAAUGAAGGGAAAAGGGCAGACGUUUAAGAGAUAAAGAGAUCAUAAAUACCGUAUGUGUUCAGAGAAAGUUAAAGGAUGUCAGAAAGCUUUUAAAGAUAAUGCGAAAUUUGUGCCUUUUUUUAAACAGAGUGCAUGAACGGUACAGCAACCCAAAAUGCAGUAGGUCUAAACCGAAUGUUAACCACAAAUUGGUUUAUGUUGCAUAGACCUAUUGAAAAUGUCAAAUUUCCUCUUCAUUAGUUCUGCUUGUAGUAGGCAAAUAAAAAGUUUGUAAUGAAUAUUUUUUUGCAAUUGAAUAUAAUUUAUUAUAGAUUAUUUUUGUAGUUUAAAUGCAAUAUUAAUAUGGUGCUAAGAAGCUGACUAAAGUAGUUGAAUGAGAAUUGUGUAAAUCUGAUUGAUGUACUUUAUCUACUCAUGUAUUUAUGAUGGUAAAUAAAUAUAAUAUUGUAAUAAUCAAA